CUUCCACCGUUCUUAUCCAUUCUUCCUUUCUCUCUAUCUUUUAGUCCCUCGUGCCGUCGCCGUCGCCGCCGCCGCCACCGUAUAAUCGCGUUGUUUGAUUACAUGUCUCUGACAGAGGAGGAGCUGGAGGUGGCGCUCACGCUCGACAGCCUCCCCGAGCUCGUCCUCGCGUCCGUCCACCGGGCGGCGCUCAACGUCCUUCCCGAGUCCCUCCGCUGGGGCUCCCGGAAGCCCCGGUCACUCCCCGGUCAUCCUCUAAUGCCUUCUCCUCCUCCGCCGCUCCGUUACGGGGAGAAGAACGUCGACGGGGGAGUCACCGCCACCGCCACAUCGAGCCCCUCUACGCCUCUCUCCUUCCAAGGCAGCGGCGGCAGCGAAGACAUCGACGUCCGGCCCAAGCCGUGGGUGGAGCACAGCAAACAGUACAUCCAAUGGAUGGAAGAACAGCAUGAACCGAUGGCUUCGUUUGCCGACAAGAAAGCCAAUCUCGAACGAGUGAGAGAGGAGUACGAAGCCCACUUGCAUAGUCCAUCAGCCAACCCCUUCGUGCUUCCAGCAGCUGGACAACUGCGCCAUGAAAAGAUGCUAUGGGUCGGUGGCGGCGAUAUGGUCCCCGUGGAUCCCACAGCCGUCGACCACCGGUGGGCCGAGAGCGGCAGCCAACGGCCGGCCGCGGGUCGGGUCGGCCUCCCGGAUCUGAACGUGACGCCCGACGACGAGGAGGCGGGGUGGGAUUUGGUGUGGGGGUGGGGGGACCGGCAACACAGCGCGUGCAAAGCGGCCACGUCGGCGCUGGCGAGACGGAGGAGACUUGGGAUACAAAGGGCGAAGAGAUACGGUCUGGUUUAUGACCAAUAAAAUGCCAAGAUUAAGUAUUCAUCUUCAAUUUGGUGAGAAUCCCUAACUGGUGCAAGCCUCGCAUAAGAGAGGAGGCAUUUCGGUAUGCUCAGACAAAUGAUUCAGUUUAAGUUGAUGAUUCAAUCUGACUGUGCGUGGAAGAUCACACUACACCCGACGGAAGCCGUAGCACCAGCUGUCCACCGACAACACUGCAGGAGGAAGAGUGAGAACAAGUUUGAACGAUCAUAUAGGUGCAUGUUCGUGGAAAGAAUCUUCGUUACCUCUUCACAUAAUAAUAGCAGAAAUCAGCGAGAAUGAAAGUUUGAACGAUCUCGGCAAGAAGAACCAUUGGUGGCCACAAACCAUACCCUAAAGCUGUCAACAGUCGUCCACGAGUGUCCAGGACCUACAAGAAACACCGAGAAGGAAAUGCAUCAUGCGACACGCCUGCUAUAGCGGGAGACCAUGUUUCCAGAGGUUCUGUUAUUUCUUAUUUACAUCUGUUUCAUUAACUACAUAUUUUUUACUUCCUAUACCUUCUUAUACAAACCAUUUAAAAUUUAAGACCCCAAAAGAACACCAUAAUUGCCUGAUGCCAGACACUUGAAUACAAUUUAAUUUUCCA